AUGCAUAGAAAAACAAUUAAAAGAAUGGAUCAAAUAAAUAAGAAGAAAUUAAAUAAAAAUUUUAAAAAUACAUCAUUGAUCACUUAUCAUUUAGAGCGUAAUAAAAGAGGAAUUUUUAAAAAAAUGCCUUAUGAAUGGACAUUUCCUAUAUUAUAUAAAGUAGAGUAUCCUGUUGAUAGUAAAAUUAUUGACAAUGCAAUUAAUUUUAUUCAAAAUGAAACUUGUAUUAAAUUUAAAAAAGUUGAAAAUCUUAACGGAACUGGAAUAUAUUAUAUAAGAGGAAAUGGAUGUUUUUCUGUUGUUGGAAAAAAUUCAGAAACACAAUCACAAAAUAUUACAAUAGCAAAGUAUUGUGAACGUAUUGGUAUUGUUGAACAUGAAACAAGUCAUGCUUUAGGAUUGUUACAUGAACAUAACAGAGAAGAUAGAGGAAAAUACAUUGAUAUUAAUUAUAAUAAUAUUGUUAAUGAUUUUUUAUUAGAUUUUCAAAAAUUUAAUAAUACAAUAUCAGAAAAUUUUAAUUUAAAAUAUGAUUAUGGUUCAGUUUUACAUUAUCAAAGUUUUGCUGGUUCAAAAAAUAAGAAUAAAUCAAUUGAUUCAAAAGAUUAUAUUUAUUCAAAAACAAUAGGCCAAAGAACACAACUUAGUUUUAAUGAUAUUAAACUUUUAAAUUUUUAUUAUUGUAAUUCUAUUUGCAAAAAUAAUUUAAAAUGUUUACAUAAUGGAUAUCCUGAUUCUAAUAAUUGUAAUAUAUGUAAAUGUCCACGAUUUUUUGACGGAAAAAAUUGUUAUAAAUUAAAAAAAUCUGACUUUUCUUGUAAAAAACAAGAGAUGGAAGCUAAAUAUUAUAUUAAAACACUUAAAGUAUAUGGAAAGAAAAAUUGUUACUUUAAAAUAUAUACUGAAAAUGGUUUUAAAAUUAAAAUAAAUAUUAAAAAAAUAUUAUUAAAUCAUCUUGAUAUAUGUGAACCAGAUAAAAGUAUUGAAAUAAAUUAUUUAAUAGAUAAAUCAGUUUCUGGUGCAAUGUUUUGUGGUCUUACAAAAAAUAUAAUAAUUAAAAGUGAAGGUAUAGAUGUUGUUAUACAUUAUAUUGGUUCUAAAUCAGAAGAUUUAAUGGAAUUAGAAUAUCAAAAAAUUAGAAUUUAA